ACCAUGAAGAAGGCGGGUCAAAUUGCGUCCGAACUGAUGAAGCAGUGCAUUCAUCUCCUUGACAAGUACCCCGUUCCCUUGAGUACGAUUGCAGAUGGGAUGAAGGUUCUCUGCCAGGACUACGCCAGCUGCCAUGACAAGCACGAGUCACUAGCUUCGAAGCCCGAUGACUACAGAAAGGAGCUCGUCUCGUGCGUCAGGCCUCACCUCAUACAAUUUUACAAAAGCCGACCGGAAUUCAAGCACGAUCCUGAAGUCGUGGCCACUGAAGUUGGCGGUUGCAUCAUAAACCACAUACCCCUGUCGAAGGAAAUGGGCAUGGCCACCGGCUACUGGCUUCUCAAGAUUAUGGGAGCCCACGAAACAUAAGCCUCCAAGGAAGCCGCAGAACCU